AUGGCAAUCAAAACCGCCCAAAACAACCUCGCCAUCCACUUCCGCAACCUCCACACCCCAGGCCACCCAAUCCUCCUUACAAACGUCUACGACGCAGCAACAGCCUCUUUGAUCGCAAGCCACCCCUCCACAAAAGCAAUCGCAACCGCAAGCUACGCCAUCGCAGCCUCCCAAGGCAUUCCCGAUGAAGCUCUAACCCUACCCCGAAACCUCGCCGCCGUUCGCUCCAUAGCAGCUAUCUUAAAACCCAAUACGCUUCCAGAAAAUAAAGACUCCACCGAAAACACGACAAAGCUUCCCCUAACAGUCGACGUCCAAGACGGCUACGCAGAUGUUGCCGAAACGAUCAGAGAGAUCAUCAGCGUGGGCGCAGUAGGGUGCAACAUUGAAGAUCUAGACGGUGCUACGGGCCAGUUACGGCCUUUGUCGGAGGCCGUGGCGCGGAUUGAACUGGCAGUGCGGACUGCGGCGGAGCUCGGCGUUCCUGAUUUUGUGGUCAAUGCCAGGACGGAUGUCCUGGGGGAUAACCCCGGUGGCAAACCGGGAAGUAUUCAAGAUGCUAUUGAGAGGGGGAGAGCUUUUUUGAAGGCCGGGGCUUGUACUGUGUUUGUUUGGGGUGGGGCUGGUGGAAGGGGGGUGUCAAAGGAGGAGAUUAAAGAGUUGGCUGUGGCUUUUCAGGGGAGAUUAAAUGUGAAGCUGGUGCUGCGAGAUGGGUUUUUGACAGUACCGGAGGUGAAGGAGCUGGGUGUUGCGAGGAUUAGCUUGGGGCCAGAGCUGUAUCGAGCUGCGAUGAGAGCAGACAGAAAAUUACAAUCUUCAAGUUGCCUUCAAAAUAUGGGAUCCCAUCAACGUCUUCCCUCCUUCCUGCCAGUUGAUAAUCCUACUCGGCCGUUUUGGCGCACAGAACCUCACCCACUAGAUGAGCUCCGAAGUACAGAAACUCUUCCAGACCAGAGUGAUAUCGUCAUUAUAGGGGCCGGUUAUUCUGGUGUUAGCAUUGCAUAUCACCUUCUGAAACAUUUCGAAGGCCACAAUAAGUCUCACCCCGCUAUUACUAUUCUUGAAGCGAGGCAGAUUUGCUCUGGUGCAACUGGUCGAAACGGCGGUCACCUACGACCCGACUUGUAUGACCGUAUCCCUACCUAUAUUAAGAGACAUGGAGUGGAUGCUGCCGCUCAGGUGGCCAACUUUGAACUCAGCCAUAUAAAAGUAUUCAAGGAUCUCCUUGCGGAAGAAAACAUUGACUGUGACUUCAAUAUCACUCGGUGUUUGAGCGUUUAUUUGGAUGAAGCGGCAGGAGAAAAUGCAAGAAAGAACUAUGAAGACUUAGUGUCACGAGGCCUAGAUUUUGCAGACGACAUACACUACACACCAUCAAAGAAUGCAGAAGGGAUUUCCGGGGUCAAAGAUGCCAAAGCAUGUCUCUCAUACACGUCCGGUACCUUGUGGCCCUACAAGCUUAUAUUGGGUCUCCUUUCAAAGAUUGCGGACUCGCCUGCCGUUAAUGUGCAAGCAUUUACCCCGGUUAUUUCCGUAGUAUCUGACAAUUCCGGUCAUGUUAUCCAUACUCCGCGGGGAACUGUCCGCACGUCUAAAGUUGUCUACGCCUCAAAUGCAUACACCUCCGGCCUGCUGCCCGAGUAUUCAGCUAGUAUAGUUCCCUGUCGUGGAAUAUGUUGCCAUAUUGGGAUUCCGGACGGUAAAACCGCACCAUUCUUGCCCUACUCUUAUGUCAUCGGCACGAAGACUGGUGAAAGCGGCGGCAGCUACCUGAUCUCGAGGCCGGACGGAAGUAUUAUCGUUGGGGGUGCGCAGCGCACAUUCAUGGAUCAGAAAGGGCAGUGGUAUGGGAUGAUUGAUGACAGCACGCUGAUAGAACCAGCUAAGGACUAUUACAAUGACUUUAUGCAGCGUACAUUCAAAGGCUGGGAGGAUAGUGGGGCCUACGUAAAGGAGAUUUGGACAGGCAUCAUGGGGUAUUCGUAUGAUACUAGCCCACAUGUGGGUGAAGUUCCCGGUAAACCUGGGCAAUACAUUUGUGCCGGAUUCGAUGGUCAUGGCAUGCCAGUGAUCUUCCUGAGCGCAAAAGGACUUGCUGACAUGAUCCAUCAUGGUAAGAGCUUCGAGGAUGUUCACUUGCCUCGACUCUACAAAUCAACGGCGGCGAGGAUAACGAACGCACGGGAUGGACCGGAAGGAGGUGACAUAUUCAGUUUGAAUUGA